AUGUGGUGCAGCCGAGUUCAGUGCGCCCUCGUCCUUCUCUCCAUCGCCCUGGCAGUGCUGAGUGCAGGGGCCGCUCCCACAGCCGACAGGUAUCGCGAUCUCCUUCAGACAUCCAUGGCUGCUGCAGGGCCCCGGAGUAAAGCGGAGCUGAUCAAAUACAAUCUCGUCCAACUGCUCUCGGAGCUGGCAAACGCCGAAAACGAAGCCUUGGAAGCGGAGGAUUUGCCGGGGAUGGCGAAACAGGAUGAGAUACGGGUUGAGUUGGAGCGAUCCGCCAACGCCAAUUCGCCCCAGAGGGAACGGAAGGCGGGCUGCAAAAACUUCUUCUGGAAAACCUUCACAGCCUGUUAA